AUGGCCAAUUUUCAACCUUUUGGCACUGGAGGCGAUGCAGAAAACCCCAGAAGGUUUGCAAAUUUAGAAGCAAGCGAUUUAGACGAAUUAUUAGAAGCAGCACACUCCAAAAGGACGAAAUACAGCAAUGCUUUCGCUGUCUCUGUCUCUGUUUACAAAGGUAGUUCGUUUGAACUUUAAAUUUAAGUUUACACCUCUCCAAGUAAUCAGGUUUUUAUAUAUUAUGGUUGUCUUUCAGAGUGGGCCCUGCAAAGAAACAUAAGUAAAGAGCUUCAUGAACAAAGCGAGGAAGAGCUUGAUCAAAACCUGAGAGUUUUCUAUGCAGAAGUGAGAAACAAGACCGGCGAAAACUACGGAAAGUCAACCCUACUCGGCUUGAGAAGCGGAAUUGAGCGGCAUUUAAACUACCCCCCUCACAACAGAGGAAUCAAAUUUUCUAAAAAUCCUGCCUUCAUGAAGUCCAACAUGAUACUCGAUGCGAAAAUUAAAAAUUUAAAGCAACUCGGGAAACAAAAUACAAAGCACAAACCUGCCAUAACGACGCCAGACCUUCAAAAGCUGAGAGUUCAUCCAGUACUCUUCGCCUAG